UUUAUUUCGAUAAAAAUCCCAAAUAAAUACGGAGAUCAUCCUCGUAUUGUGUAUUAAGUUAAACUCACCCUAGACAUAGAGUUCCAAAACAAAAUUCGCGUCCUUUUCCUCUUUGUUAACCCCCCCAACAAAUUUCCUUUUUCCUACCUAGGGUUAGGGUUUUCAUGCGAUUUUACAUAUUUCCUAAAUCACUUUCUAUUUAAGUUAGAAGAUUUAAUUUGAAUUCCGUUUCGACUUAUCUAGGAUUUCUCUUCAAUCCGUUGGUUUUAAUUUUUUCCUGUUAUCCCUUUUCCCUUUUUUAUCGAAUUCUGAUCUUUCAGUCGUUAAGUUUCUAAACAAUGCCUCCUAGAAUAGUGAAGAGAGGAGCUGCGGCCGGUGGUUCAAAGAGAACGCCGAGGAACACUAGAGGGGCAUCUAAAUCCGAGAAUCCACCAGCGGAGCCUGCACAAGAGGCCGUGAAUGCAAAGGAGGCUUCAGUUCCAGUUGAGGAGGUCGUGGAGGCAGUUAAGGUUGAUGAGAAACGAACUCCGGAACAAAAAGAGGUGAUCGAGGAGGAAAACACCGGUUUAAAUUUGAAUUCCAAUGGGUCGGUUUCGAUGAAGAAAGAGAAUGACUCACAGGAGUCUAUUGAGGAGUAUGAAAAAGAUGAGAGGUUAGAAUUGGAUGAUAAUGAACCUGAAUAUGAAGCUGAAGAAUAUGGUGGGGUGGAUUAUGACGAGAAGGAGAUGGAUCCUGAUGAAGUGGAAGAUGAAGUAGAGGAAGUGAUUGAGGAGGAGCAGGAUGGUGAGGACGAAGAUAUUCAUGAAGUUGAAGUAGAAGGUGAUGCUGCCGAUGAUGAGCAUCCUGGGGAGGAAACAGAGCAUGCAGAUUUGGAUGAUGCAACUGAGCAUGAAGAGCGACAUGAAGUUGUUCAAGAGAGACGCAAGCGUAAAGAGUUUGAAGUGUUUGUUGGGGGCUUAGACAAGGAUGCUACCGAAGAUGAUAUCAGGAAAGUCUUCAACCAAGUGGGUGAAAUUGUUGAAGUUAGGUUGAUGAUGAACCCUCAAACAAAGAAGAACAAGGGCUUUGCUUUCUUGCGAUUUGCAACUAUAGAACAAGCAAAACGUGCAUAUACUGAACUUAGGAAUCCCGUGAUCAAUGGAAAGCAGUGUGGUGUUACCCCAAGUCAAGACAGUGACACCCUUUUUCUGGGUAAUAUAUGCAAGACAUGGACAAAGGAAGCAUUGAAAGAGAAGUUGAAACAUUACGGAGUUGACAAUAUUGAGGACUUAACAUUGGUGGAAGACAGCAACAGUGAGGGAAUGAAUCGAGGCUUUGCAUUUUUGGAAUUUGCAUCCCGUUCAGAUGCGAUGGAUGCUUUUAAGCGUCUUCAACGGAGAGAUGUUUUAUUUGGGGUUGAUAGGCCUGCAAAGGUUUCUUUUGCAGAUUCCUUCAUCGAUCCAGGUGAUGAAAUCAUGGCACAGGUUAGGACCAUAUUUAUUGAUUGCCUGCCUCCUUCAUGGGAUGAGGAUCGCGUUAGAGAGCUACUGAAGAAGUAUGGGGAGAUUGAAAAGAUUGAACUUGCCCGGAACAUGCCAUCUGCUGACAGGAAGGAUUAUGGUUUUGUCACAUUUGAUACUCAUGAUGCUGCUGUCACAUGUGCUAAGAGCAUUAAUAAUACCGAGUUGGGCGAAGGUGACAUCAAGGCCAAAGUUAGAGCCAGGUUAUCGAGACCACAUCAAAGAGGCAGAAGUAAGAACGUCGGCCGUGAUAGUUUCAGGUCUGGGCGUGGAUCUGGACGAGUAGUUAGGGGUGCAUGGGGUCGUCCUGAUUCACGUGGUUUUGCUCCUCGUGGGAUGAGAGGAAUUAGUAGCCGUGCCCCUCCACCUAGUCUAAAGAGGCCUGUUGGACUGAGAGAUAGACGUCCUCUCAUGUCUGCACCAGCUAGAGGCAGGCCUUUAUCACCUCCCCCUUCUAGAUCCUAUGACAGAAGAGCCCCCGUUAUGCCAUAUCCAAAGGGUAGUUUAAAGAGGGAAUAUAGUCAACGCGAUGAGCUUCCUCCUCCAAGGAGCAGAGAAGUUAUGGAUUAUGGAUCUAGGGUUGUCCCUGAUAGACGAUCCACAUAUAGAGAAGAAUAUUCUUCUCGCAACCCGGGUUACUUUGAUUUGCCUAGAACCACAUCUCGUACUGCAGCGAGAAGACCCUAUGGAGAUGAUGCAUAUGCCCAAAGAUUUGAAAGACCUCCUCCUAGUUACCGUGAGGGGCGUGGCCGUGAUUAUGACACUAUAUCUGGCUCAAAAAGACCAUAUCCUGUUAUGGAUGAUGUCCCUCCACGAUAUUCUGAUGAUGGUCCGAGGCAUUCAAGGGCUCGUCUAGACUACGAAUUUGCUGGUGGUGCUCCUCCAUAUGUGGAUGCAUAUGGUGAUAGGCUUGGGAGAUCCAAUCUAGGAUACGGUGGCAGCAGGAGUUCUAUAUCUAGUCAGACCUCACAUGGGCUAUAUGGCAGUCGUCAGGGUAUGGGCUAUGGUGGAGGUUCUUUUAGCAGCAGUGAUGUUGGAGGAAUGUACUCAUCCUCUGGUUAUGGUGGUGAUUACAUACCUAGGGGAUCUGGUGUUGGUGGUAGCUCUUACUCAUCCAUGUACUCCAGUCGUGGUAUGGGUGGUAGCAGUUACAUGGGUGGUGGGGGUGGUUCUGGGUCAUACUACUGAUGAAAGUAUCUGUUUCGUACUGAAGGACUACUUCCUAAUGUCACGGCGGCUGCUAUUUCUUUUCUGCCUUGUUAUUGUUUGAUGAAGCAACUCUUUAUGAAGCUGUGCUCUCCAACUUGAGUUAUAUGGAUUUUGGGGGAAUUUUCUGUUUCUCAUUAUGAAGCAUCAUGAAAUGGUUUAUAGUUGUUUUGGCAAGUUGUUGGUAAAUGAAACCCUUGUGGAGGCAGUGCCUUACAAAUUGGGCUUAGAAGAGAAAUGAUUUUGGAAAAGUAGAAUUCUAAUUUGCUCAGAAAUCAAUGAAGCUGUGGGUUUUUAUGUCGGUGAUUUAAAAAAUGCUUUUUUAAGAAAACAUACUGAGCACAACCUUUAGUUGGAGUUAGAAUGUGUUGAAAUCAUUGACUUUUUUCUAAAUUGUACUUGAGAAUAAGUGAGUUGCCUUCCCUCACCCAAGUAUUUUAGUGAAGUUAUAAGUUAAUAAGAUACACUUUGAACUUUAUGCUAGAGAAGUGUAAAAAGUAUGGUCUAACAAGAUGUAUAAUGUCAUGUCUACGGGGACUUCAUUAUGUUCAAUGAUAUUUGGUCCAUGGGUGGUUUAUUCUCAGUUCAAUGUGAAUAUUUAAGCAUAACGUCAUUUAAAGUAUUAAUGUAGGAUCAAAAUUGUUAGUUAACAGGUGAAUGGUUGGCCGGAUCUGCCACCGUUACUGAGCUCUUCAAAGUUAAAAACUUGAUUGAUAUGCUUGUUCCAUCUCGCUUGUGCCGGUGUUAAAAAUAUUAGCAGGACUGCUACUUGUUUAGCAACCCAGCGCUUUGACAUGAUGCUGGUGCUAGUUUUUGUAGUUUUUUUAUUCAUGUUAUUUUGGUCUCAAAUCAACUUGCGGGGUGUUUUUUCUGGCUUGCUUUUUUUCCCCCUUUGGAAAUUUAGUUACUUUGGCAAGUAUAUGGAUUUAUUGGUUGUAUCUGUGCUUGUUUCCGACUUUGGGGGUCAAAAUCUUAUCUGCUCUGGGACUGGCCUGCGAAAAGGAGAGGAUUACAAGUUACUAAUUCAGUAAUAAAAUUAGGGGUGAGAGCGUAACUGCAUGCCUUCAUGAACAGACUAGGCAUAAGAAAGAGCAGGCAAUAACCGUUUUUGAUGAAUGGCACAACUUCUAUGGUAUACAUUGGCUCGUGGGUCUUUGCUGAUAACAUUAGUGCACAACUCUGUUCCCCAACAUUUUCUUAUUAUUUAUCUCUACUUUUUUUUGCCCUUAUAUCAAGUGCUUUUUUGCCCCUUUCUUAAUUAUUUCCUGGACUUGAUUUUGAUGAUGGUGCAGCAUGCCGAUAACUUGGUUUAGAAAUAUUAUUAUUGAUCCAUUGUUAUUAUCGCUGACUAAA